GGGCUUUGUCGCAUCUUCUUAUUACUGAUCAAUAACCUCGGGGCGUUGAACCUCGGCAACUUCUGCUUUCCCCACAAUGGGGGGGGGGGGUUCUCCGGACGUCUUAACGCCGCCUUCCCCAGACUAUUCCCCAGCCAACAGACACUGCUAAUCCUGGACUUUCCCUGCAUAAGUUAAUUUCUGGCUAGAGUUUGACUUUCCGCUUUGUCGCUCGAUCUAUACCCAUCGCAACAUUUUUCCACAAAUACUCGGACGACCAGCCGGUGCCGUCGAUCAGCCGUCAACAUGCCUUUCAACACCCUUCUCACGAGGAAGCUUGGCAUCACAGUCCCUGUUGUCCAGGGAGGAAUGCAAUGGGUAGGCUACGCUGAGCUCGCCGCGGCGGUCAGCAAUGCCGGCGGAUUGGGAAUUCUCACCGCGCUCACACAACCCACCCCAGAAGACCUCCGCAAAGAGAUCCGCAAAUGUCGCUCCAUGACCAAGAACCCCUUCGGCGUCAACCUGACGCUACUCCCCGCCCUCGUGCCCCCGGACUACGCGGCCUACGCUAGAGUGAUCAUCGAUGAAGGGAUCAAGAUCGUCGAGACGGCAGGUAACAAUCCGGGCCCCGUGAUUCAGCAGCUCAAGCAAGCCAACAUCAUCGUCCUGCACAAGUGCACGACGAUCCGCCACGCCAAAUCCGCCAUCAAGCUGGGCGUUGAUUUCUUGUCGAUUGACGGAUUCGAGUGUGCGGGCCAUGUCGGCGAGAACGAUAUCACCAAUUUCAUCUUGCUCAGCCGCGCGCGGCAGGAGCUCAAGGUGCCGUUCAUUGCGUCCGGGGGUUUCGCUGAUGGCCAGGGGCUGGCGGCGGCGCUGGCGCUCGGAGCUGAAGGCAUCAACAUGGGCACCCGGUUCAUGUGUACCGUCGAGGCGCCCAUUCACCGCAACGUGAAGGAGGCGAUUGUCAAGGCGGACGAGACGGACACGGCGCUGGUGAUGCGCCGCUGGAAGAACACCACCCGCUUGUACGGGAACAAGGUGUCCAAGGAGGCUCUCAAGGUGGAGCGUGAAAGCAAGACCGGGGAAUUUGCCGAAAUCGCCCCCUUCGUGAGUGGCAAACGAGGUCGUGAGGUUUUCCUCACCGGUGACGUUGACUUUGGGGUGUGGACUGCCGGCCAGGUCAUUGGGAUGAUUCAUGAUAUCCCCACAUGCGCCGAGCUUCUCCAGCGGAUCGAGAAGGAAGCCGUGCAGGCACUGGACCGGGUGAGGUCGUUGCACACAGCGCCAGCACAGAGCAAAUUGUAGAAGACUCGCGGUCGAUGCUGACUGGUCGGAUCCGACCAGAGGAGGUAGGUAUUGGUACGGGGUGCACGCGGGAUAAGCAUAGUAAUACAGUUUCACAUGCAAGGAAUAGACAGC